AAAUUUAUGAAGCACCCCUCGUAAGUAAUCAAAUUACACUAAUAUUAACCUAAGCCCGUGGAUUUGAUCUUAAGGAGAAAGAGAUGGACGGUUGAUAUCGAAUCAGAAGAGGUCUCAUUCGCUGCCCAAGCUUCUCACCGGAAUCUUGAUCCCCGACGAUUGGAAGGCGAUGGUGGCGGAGGCGCCGCCGGGGAUAACGGCCGGAGAACGGCGGGUGCUGGCAGCGGUGGGAUCUGGGUCGGCGGCGCUGUCCCUUGCGGGAUCGGCCUUCAUCGUGCUCUGCUACCUUCUCUUUAGGGACCUUCGCAAGUUCUCCUUCAAGCUCGUCUUCUUCCUCGCCCUCUCCGAUAUGUUUUGCAGCUUCUUCAGUAUAGUAGGGGAUCCAUCAACAACUUUCUUUUGUUAUGUUCAAGAUUACAGUGCACACUUUUUUUGUGUGGCAUCCUUUUUAUGGACUACAACCAUUGCUUUUACUCUCCAUCGUACUGUUGUUAAACACAAAACAGAUGUUGAAGAUUUUGGAUCUAUCUUUCACUUGUAUGUUUGGGGGGCUUCACUUGUCAUGACUAUCCUGCGUUCGAUAGGUAGUGAUUAUGGACAAUCAGGUGCCUGGUGUUGGACUGAGAAUGGGAGCACAGGAAAGGUAGCUCACUUCAUGACAUUUUACGCUGUGUUAUGGGGUGCUAUUCUUUACAAUGGAUUUACAUAUUUUCAAGUCAUUCGCAUGCUAAACAAUGCAAGACGGAUGGCUGUUGGCAUAUCAGAUAGGUCAAACCACCUUGAUUCAAGAGCAGAUGUGAAGGCCCUUAAUAGAUGGGGCUACUAUCCUUUGAUUUUGAUUGGAUCAUGGACUUUUGGAACAAUCAACCGAAUACACGACUUCAUUUAUCCAGGGCAUAAGCUCUUUUGGCUUUCAGUUCUUGAUGUUCUGUUUGCAGGACUUAUGGGCCUGUUUAAUUCCAUUGCUUACGGGCUUAAUUCUUCAGUGAGACGGGCAAUCGCGGAGCGAUUGGAUAUGUGGAUACCUGAGAGACAUCAACGGUGGUUUUCUCCUUGGUUGAAGUUCAGGGGUGAACAACAAGAAAGUGAACUGGUUUCACUAAAAAUUGAAGGCCAGCAGUAACAAAGGCCUGCUUCUCUGUUCUAAUACAUCAUUCAAUCUGAAUUUUUUAUUACUGUCAAAUUCUUCAGCAUCUAGAGGUAAUAAUUGCAAAAAGAAAUUCUAAAUUCUGAUCUACAACACAAAUAGGAAGAUAUACAUACAUACAUACAUCAUUUAUGGAUCUUAACGUCAGAUUCCAUUCUUAGCGGUUCUGUUGUAAAUUUGUUAAUGACUGUAAAAGAUGCCGAAGCUUAGUUUCAGGUGGAUCGAUCUUAUUACAAUUUCUAGUGAUUUUCAAAGAUGAUAGAACAAUCACAAGGCGAGAAAUCUGCAAUCUAGUGACGUGCACGGUAAAUCGAGUUGUUCGUGUGGAUUGAGUUCAUAAUUUGUGUUUAUUAUUUUUUUGUUUGUGGUACUAAAUUUAACCGUCAUUUUCAUCACCGAGCUCAAUUUGAAAGAGUGUUGAUCAUUCUUUCUGGUAAUCGUUUCACUGGUGUUUUUUUUUUUCCUUUACGAAGAUGUAUUUACUAGUAGUAUCUUGAUUUUUUCUGGAUUGAACUGUGUGAUUUUCCAAGAAGGCGUUGUAUGUAUGUAUUGGUGAACUUGUAUUUUGGUUGGUAUAUUCUGAGUAUAAAUUUCGUUGGGCUUC